AUGGCCUCUCUCUUCUUUCUCCCCCUCUCUCUCUCUCUCCCUCUCUCUCGUCGUUUGUUUAAUGUUUCUUUAUUAAGGUUGGAACUCCAUCUCUCUGUUCAUGAUCGCGCCUUUCAUCUCUUUCUUUCUUUUUUUCUCUUCACUUUUUCACACUUCCUCUUUGUCACCCUCUUUUCUUUCUUCUUUUUUUCUCUCUCCUUCAAUUUUUCUAUUUUCCACUUUUCCUCUGUAGUUUCACUGCUCUUCUCUUUUCCUCUUUCCCCCUCUUUUUUCUCUUCUAGUUUCUUUAUCUCUUCUCCUUUUUUUCCUCCUUCUUCGCUUCCGUUCUUCGAUUUGCGUAAUAUUACCAUUACCAUAUCUAUCUAUCUAUCUAUCUAUCUAUCUAUCUAUCUAUCUCAAAAUUACUCUAUUUCGAACCACUAUACUUUAAUCUAUCUAUCUAUCUAUCUAUCUAUCUAUCUAUCUAUCUAUCUAUCUAUCAUAGUCUCUUCAUCUAUCUAUCAUAGUCUCUUCAUUAUCUAUCUAUCUAUCUAUCUAUCUAUCUCUUUUUAUCUAUCUAUCAUACAAAGGAUUAAUAUUUCUAUAACCAUUACCAUAUCUAUCUAUCUAUCUAUCUAUCUAUCUAUCUAUCUAUCUAUCUAUCUAUCUAUCUCAAAAUUACUUUAUGUCAAGCCACUGUAG